AUGCCGAUAUAUGGGUUGACGCAAGAUCCCAUAACAAAAGAUUACAUGGUGGUAAUGAAAUUCAUCGAACGAGGAAACUUGAGGAAUUUCAUAAAUGAUAAUUUCUGUUCACUUUCAUGGUCGCAAAAACUCGAAUUGCUUCAUUCAAUUGUCAUCGGGUUACAUGAAAUCCACUCAUCGGGAUUAAGCCAUAAUAAUCUUCAUUCUGGUAACAUCUUUGUAAAAAAAGAUGAAGGUAAUGGAGAUUUAUCGGCAAUCAUAUCGGAUUUAGGGAUGUCGGGUCCAGCUGAUAAAUCAUAUGAUUUAUGCAAUUCACGAAUCGAUACAUUCGGUGUGAUACAAUAUACGCCUUCCGAGAUUUUUCAUGGUCGUAUUUACACAAAGUAUUCCGACAUUUAUUUUUUUGCAAUGUUGAUGUAUGAGGUCUCGACCGGAUUACCACCUUUUAUCAAAGUUUCAAUUGACAAAUUGAAUGAUUUGAUGUUUGAUAUCUGCGAUGGUUUUAGACCCGACUAUAAUUCCAAGGACUUGCCAAGGUGUUUUGAAGAGUUAAUGAAAAAAUGUUGGGAUGAUGAUGAGUAUAGCAGGCCACUCGCAUCUCAAUUGGUUGAUAUUAUUGGAAAUUGGAUAAGCGAACUUAAGGAAGACAAGAUGUCGCAGUUUAAUAGGCGUGGAAAUCUGAUUCGGUUGAAAUAUCCUUCAAGCAAAUACGAUAUUUAUAAGAGUCAACGAAUUAAUACCACUGAUUUGGGCGAUGAAGAUUUUGAUCAUGAUAGCGAAUCAAAUUUCGAUGAGAAUGUUGAAAGUGAUGAAGACAUUGAAUUUAAUGCAGAUUUCGAACGAAGAGCUCAAAAUAAAUACGUGACGAUAAAACGAAGCGAUAUAAUGAGAUGGAUCGAAAACAUCGACAAUACUUUUGAUCCAGAACGGUUGUUACCCUAG